GGACCGGGCCGAGGCCCAAGUGAGAUCGGUGAGAUAACUCGCGCGGAGGAACGCGGGACGUGUCGCGCAUCGUACGUGUAUAUCCGUCGCUGUAUAUCGGGGGGAAAAAGUAUAGCGAGCGACAACGAGCGAGAGAGAGAGAGAGAGAGAGUGAGUGAGUGAGUGAGUGAGUGAGUGAGUGAGUGAGUGAGUGAGUGAGUGAGAAAGAGAGAGAGAGAGGGAGCGAGCGAGCGAAAGAGAAAGAAAGACAUCGAGCGAAAGACGGCGAGUGAGUUGGCCAUUUGUGCCGGAAAGUGCGCGACCCACCGCCAAAAGUGCAGUGCGAAGAAAAUUAGUAUCGAAAGAGGGAGAGGGAGGAUAAAAGUAGAAGGUAACGGUGCUAGAGAGCGAACGAAAGGACGGGGGAGAGAGAGGGGAACGUUUGCGAAGGCGAGAAUGAGAGGGAGAGAAUGAACGCGCGAGAGGGCGAGGAAGAGGGAGAGGGAGAAAAGAACGGGAGAGCCGCGAGCAACGAACGCGACUGAAACGCGACGCGCGCGUCCCACGAUCCGCGAAAAUCGUACAUGUAUGAGCGACGACGACACGGCGGCGAGGCAGCAACGAGGCGGCAGCGGGAAAAGUAUCUCGGGCGAAAAUAAUGUCUAGUACCGCGGAUUCGCAUUCCAGAUACUUGAAAGAAUUCCGCGUCGAGCAAUGUCCUCUCUUCAUACAACGCAAAUGCACGCAGCACAGACCCUUCACGUGCUUCAACUGGCACUUUAUGAACCAGCGGAGGCGCAGGCCGGUGAGAAAGAGGGACCGCACCUUCAAUUAUAGCGCCGACAAUUAUUGCACCAAGUACGACGAGACCACUGGCAUCUGCCCCGAUGGGGACGAGUGCCCAUUUUUGCAUCGUACCGCGGGUGAUACAGAGAGACGUUAUCAUCUGCGUUACUACAAGACGUGCAUGUGCGUUCACGACACCGACACACGUGGAUUUUGCGUGAAAAAUGGCCCGCAUUGCGCCUUCGCGCACGGCAAUCACGAUCUGCGUCCGCCCGUGUACGAUAUCAAGGAAAUUCAGGCUUUGGAGAAUCCCGAUUCUGACCCAAAUUCUUCAUCCAACGGGCCUAAUAUACUCGACAAGGAGCGAAAUCUGAUGAACGAGGAUCCAAAGUGGCAGGACACGAAUUAUGUGCUCAGCAAUUACAAGACAGAGCCGUGCAAGAGACCUCCGAGGCUGUGUCGGCAAGGCUACGCCUGUCCGCAAUAUCACAACAGCAAGGAUAAGAGGCGCAGUCCACGGAAAUACAAAUAUCGAUCGACGCCAUGCCCGAAUGUGAAACACGGCGAGGAAUGGGGCGAGCCAGGCAACUGCGAACAGGGAGAUGCGUGCACGUAUUGUCACACACGGACGGAACAGCAAUUCCAUCCCGAGAUUUACAAAUCCACCAAAUGCAACGACGUGCAACAGGCCGGCUAUUGUCCACGCGGAGUCUUUUGCGCCUUCGCGCAUGUUGACCUGUUGCCAACAGAAGAAAUGAGCCUGGCGAGGGAUAUGGCGGUACCUAUAGAUUGCGGUGCGAAUCUGGCCGAUAUACUCAGCAAUGCACUUCCACCUGACAAGCGCUCACACGACAAGGAUAAACAACUCAGUGACAGUAGUAAUGGAAGCGGUGAAGUCUCGGAAUCGGCCAGCACCAGCAGUUUAGGAAGUAACAGUUCACACAGCAAAGCACCUGGUGCUCAACUGCAUAAUUCCAAUAAUACCAAUUCUGGUAUAAAUGCGGCUGCGCAGCAAAAACUUACGAGCAUACUCUAUAAUCCCAGUUCUCUCAUACAAGUUAAUGAAAUUCGAAAACAAAUGAUCGCAAUUGAUAGCGAUCCAUUAUUAACUAAAGCUGAAAAAGCUCAACAGAAACAAAGUCUCUACAUUGCGUACAAUUUGAAUGGGACGUUAAGUAGUCAUUCGUUAACAACUACCGUUUCACCGCUGUCAAAUUCGUUUUAUUCAAACGACACUGUCGAAUCUGUAGUAGGAAACGCACUAGACGAAUUACAUCUAGAUGAUCCGUUAAAUUUAGUCGAUUCAAUUCAUAGGGAUACAAAUUCACCAAUCGGUAAUUCGAUAUCAGCAGGCCUAGCUAGCUCUGGUUUACUCGGUAGCUCAGCUCCGGUCAAUAUACCCGGCAUGACUGAACGUUCCGUUCUCACUAAUUUUUCGCCAUCGACGUCGAGUCCGCUUCAACAAUUGCAGACUGGUUUUCUCACCGGAUCGAGAUUCUCUCAUCAGGACUCCAUGGAAUCUACAUUGCCAUUUAUGAAUCAGAUAGCGGAUCCAUUUAGCAAUCACAUUUCGCAACUUAGCAGCUCGGCUUCUAAGCUUAGCGGAUUCAAUAGUAGCUUAUUCGAUUUCGCGAGCCAAGGAAUGUCCCCGUCGCGCACGCAAUCCACUCUGCCGGCAUCUCCAUUGGUCAAUGCAUUUUCCAUUAGUCCAAGUAACACCGGAUCGUUGUCCGAGGUACAAAGGCUCAGAGAUGAAUUGACCUCUAGCCGUGCACAAUUAGCAACAUGGGAUGAGCGUAUCAAUCAAGCACGCGCGGCUUGCGCGGCAUGGCAAUUGGAAAGCGAAGAGGCAAAAAGAAAAGCCGGUAUAGCCGAGCAACAGAGGGACGAGGCUUUAAUGCAGAUGAAAGCACUCAGGGUCGAGAAUGAGGCGUCUAAUGGUGGCCCGUAUCUUCAUUCAGUGAGACGAAUAAGCGAGCUCAGGUCGUUAUCGAUAGCUACUUUGAAAUCAAUUCAGUCGCAAUUGCGUUUAGAUCUCGAAGAAGUGGAAAAGGUGCUGUAUAGGGAAACUGCAACAAAGUGCAUGGUUUGCGAGGAACAAAAUCGUACGGUUACCUUAUCACCCUGCAAUCAUUACGUAGUCUGUUCGACGUGCGCUCCGAAUCAGCGCGAGUGCCCGUACUGCCAGACUCCAGUCGUCUCAACAAGUUAGGCCCGAACCUUCCCCUAGAAUCCAGUUGUUGUUACAAUUUCCGCUUUGUAGAAAAAGAAAAAAAGAGAAAGGGCGGGGGACAGUCUUUAAAAAAUAUCAUGUAAGUAGUAUCACGAUUUUGCAAGAACUUGUAUUUUUAUUAAUACUCUGAUAAAAGUGACAAAAAUGAAAACUUUCUUAACGCGAUAAGCACGUGCUCGCGAAUAAUAAGGAUCGUUUAUAAGAAUACCAUUGAUUCAUCGUCGCCAAAGUACGAAUAUGAUAGGACUUUUUUUUUUAUCUUGUAAUCUUGUUAUACAUUAUGUUGAUAUUUUUUUCUGUCAAUAUUAUAAUUCAGCAGAUAUCACAUUUUUAAAUACAAUUCUACAAGGAAUGGCAUCCUAACACUAUCUGCUAAAGGAAGAAAAUAUUUUAUGUACUCAAGAUACAUAUUUGGCAGUGUAUUAAAUAUAUUGCGAUACAUUUGCGCGCGCGAAUUACAAAACAUUUAACGCGAAAAUAAUAUAAUCGCAAUUGUCGACAAAGUUCCGGGACCUCGAAAAUUAUAUAAUUGUUUAAAACAAAUUAAUUAUUAUAAUAAUAAACGCAACAAAAGUGUUUUCCCAUUUUACAUUAAAUAAUGGGAAAAUCUUUUCUCAAUGAUUGAGCUGUGAAACGUAUGUCACA